AUUCAUAUUUUUAUUCUGUGGUAGUGAUUUUGUAAGGAAGUGCUUGUUAUAUUUUGUUAUCAAUUAAAUUAAUUGAAGAACAUUACGUUGCCGGUUUGUGACUAUACACAUUUAAAAUUAGUUGUAAAAGUGCUGUUAUAUCGCGUGGUUUAUCAAAAACUUUGCAAUGGGUGACUCUCCUGCGAUAAAGAUCGGCAUAAUCGGUGGAUCAGGGUUCGAUGACCCCACACUAUUCGAGAACCAAGUUGAGAGAGAAGUCACCACGCCCUUCGGCAAGCCAUCCGAUGUGCUCAUCGAAGGUCAGAUCAAAGGAGUCCCCUGUGUAUUGCUGGCGAGACAUGGGAGAAAACACCAGUUUCAACCAAGCGAUGUGAACUAUCGCGCCAACAUUUGGGCGUUGAAGCAAGUGGGGUGCACUCACAUCCUGGCGACCACGGCCACUGGGUCGCUCGUCGAGGAGUACAAACCUGGCGACCUUGUUAUAUUGAACGACUUUAUUGAUAGAACUUGGGGUCGCAAAUGCACAUUCUACGAUCGCACAGAAGGCGGGCCAAAGGGUGUGUGUCACCUACCGAUGCACCCCGCGUUCUGCGAGCGAGCCAGGAAUGCUAUGAUCACGGCUGCCAGGACCCGCGGGUAUCGGUACCACGAGACUGGUACUGCGGUCGUUAUACAGGGACCUAGAUUUUCGAGCAGAGCCGAGAGUUUGAUGCACCGUCAGUGGGGCGGCCAUCUUGUAAACAUGACCACAGUACCUGAGGUUGUAUUAGCAAAGGAAGCAGGUCUGAGUUACGCGGCCGUCGCUCUCGUCACCGACUACGACUGCUGGAGGGAGAAUGAGACGUCUGUGUCAGUAAGCGAAGUGCUAGCGAUGUUCGCUAAGAACGUGAAGAAGGCAGCUGACGUCAUCAUUGAUGCUGUACAGGUGUUGGCCGCUGAAACCGACCGCCAGUACUUGAGUGCACAUCAAGAGCAAGUAUCUUCUGCUAUAAUGCUGAAGGAAUAAGCUUCGCGCCAAAGAAACCAUAGAAUUAAGCAAGAACAGUAAUUUCCAUAAGAUUAUAACAUUAUACCUACACACGUUAAUUUUUAUAAGAAGUUUACCAAUAUUUUUUAUCUCAAACAAAUUGUUUUUAUUUUGUAGUUUAGUACAAUACACUUUUGACACAC